AUGCCACCAAUACGACAGCUAGACGACGCAUUUCUCUCAAGUCUAUUAGAGAAGCAAGAAUACGCUGAACUCAAGACAAAUGUAGAUGUGGCGUCACUAACAGCCAUUCUGCAAAAGCUCAACUCUACCUCGGACGCGUUACGACAAGAGCUCUUUGAGCAGGUGCACAACAACUUGAGCAACUUUUCUGCUUGGUACAAUGCCAGCCAAGAGUUGCACGCCAACGUGCUGGAUCUCGUCAAGCAAGCAUCUCAUACACAACAACAGGCGACAUUGACACAGACACAAGUGGACGACACUAUUGAUAAAUACCAGUGUGCAUUAGCUGAAUCACGCAAGAACAAGAGCAAGAUUGAUAUACUGGAGCACAUGGAACAAGUGCUGCAGAUUGUGGAGGCCGUAGAGUCAGAAUUACAGCAGUACUGCUACCUUGAUGCAGUUCAGCAUGUACUACAGUUAUCCGCCAUUUUGAAAGACUGGAAUAAUGCGGAUCCUCGAGUGAUUGACAUGAUCCACAAGCGUGUGAAGCAGCUCAAGCAAACACUCAUUUCUGGCCUGCAAGACGGCAUUCAUACAGCGAUAAAGUACAAUCCCGGAUCCAUUCGCAUUCUGGAGACCUAUCAACCCUCAACAUCGACCAGCAGACAAGUACAUAUUCGAGACGUAUUUCAGAGCUUAUUUCAGUUGGGAUUACUGCCCGAGGAGUUGAUGGCUGUCCAGCGCUCCAUGUUCAAGCACAUCUUUCACUUCUACUUCGACUAUACUCACUGUACACUUCAGAUGGAUACAGUGCAAGCAGAAGGCCAGGGACAGGGAGGCGUGUUACAGGUGAUUCCUGCAGCAGCUGACGAUGAAGAUGAGGGUCAUGUGGAUCCCAUACUGAUGCUGCAACACAUGGAAGCGAUAUUAGACUUUACCUACAAGUACACAUUGGCAAGUGCAACAGCUGGAUCAAACAAUGCCGAUAUGAAGCUUCUGUUUGGCAAUCUGUUUAUGCCUGAUUUGGUCAAACUGAUGAUCCACAAGAGCAUCGCGCCAGCAGUGCCGUCCACCAAGUACAACCUACAAGGCUUCGAUCAUGUCGCCCAGGCAGUAAAGCAGUUUGAAGCACAUUGCAGAGACGCCUAUGGAUUUCAAUUGGACGACGCAUCGUUGGGCUCCUAUGUGGAGAAUAUCGAUAGACACUACGCCACCAAGAGACGCAACCGCAUUCUGCAGGAAGGUAGAAAGGUCAUGUUGCGACGACUGUAUGAUACCGAGAUGACCAGUGUGCAUGAAGACGAUGGACACACAUACUACUACCAAAUCACACAGACGCCGCAAAUCCUCUCUGUGCUUGUAGCAGAUACAUUGGCAGAAGGCGCUGAUCUACUGCACUCACAUCCCAUUUCAGCAUCUACCUUGAUGGACGGCAUUCAGGACCUGCUGGACAUGUAUCGCGCCAUCAUGCCCAGCUUUCAUCGCACGCAAUACUUGGCCAGUGCAGGCAACUCGCUUGUAUUCAGGAACGACUGUCUCUGGCUGGCCAACCAAUUGACCACCACCAUCGCACUGAAGCCAGAAGCAAAGCACUUUCUUAAACUCAAUGCAGGAUUAAACGAAGCAGCCAAACGUUUGAGAGAGCUUGGAAAUGCAUGGCACGAGCUGACUAUGAUGCAACGAGUGCAAAUGAUCCAGACUGUCCUGGAUCACUUGGAUGGGUUCUCGGGCAUGGCUGAAAAUGCCAAGUUUCAGCAAGACUGUGAUAGGGCUAUUACCCAAGUCAUUGAACUGGUGGGGUCCUUUGCUGCAGAGACGAGGCCGGUGAUUGAUGAAACACUAUUUUUGGACAUGCUGGGCCGUAUUGUGGACACCAUCUUGGCAAGACUGAUCAAUGACAUAGAGGAGCUGGUGGACAUUGGCGCCGAAGAAUCACACAUCAUUGCACGCACGCUCAACAGUCUGGCUCAGCUUGUCAAUGCAUUUGAUUUACCUGGCAAAGACGCCACAGAGGGAUUCGUCACUGAGUUGGUGCCGAGCUGGCAAAAGUUUUGGCUGGUCAAGGAUAUCUUGGAAAUGAACAUGCGCGAUAUUAUGGAGUCCUUUCGUCGCGGCGAUUUGCACAUGUUUGAGAAAUCAGAGUUGGUGGGUCUUUUGUGCUCUUUGUUUGCAGAUACGGAAUUGAGAGAAUCGAAUAUCCAAGAAAUAAAAACCGGCGCAUCGCCAUCAUCUUAUCGCAGUACGGCAGCAGCUACGCAACAACCGCAGCAGGCAACACCCAGACACAUUUCACCUGCAGCAACAGUAACAGCGGCCAAUGUGCCGGCGACUACAUUCACGCCAUCCAUUCACCAAGCUUUGGUCUAUACACCUGAUAACGAUGACGAGGAAGCAUUGGAGGAAUCUGGAUGGGGAGACGACAAUGACAUUGAUCUUUUCAAAGAGGACGACAACAGUGACCAUGGACUGGUCACCAAGCAUGCUGUAUCACAAAUCUCACUAGAACCAUCGCCUAAUUUGGAAUAUGAUGUGGACAUGGCGGAUCAACACGACGAUGGCACAACCGGAGUACACGGAGAAGAGCCUGAAGGGGAAGGAGGCUGGGGCGAUGCAGACCAAGACAUCUUCGUUGAUGACGCACUCUCUACCAAGGAAGAAAGCGCCGGCCCUGACACAUCCGCUGCAGAUCACGCCAAGAUGCACAGCAGUAGCCAUAGUAACGAUGAAACAACAUCUCGGGUAAUAUCUUCCAAAUCCGACACAAAUAGCCCACCAACGGCCACUCACUUGCUCGCGGCACCUGCAUUAGAUCUAGACACCGAGGAAGGCGAUGGAUGGGGAGGAUGGAAUGACGAUGUUGAUGAAGACUUAUUCAAAGAUUAA